UUGCCCUUGAAAAUUCAUUAAAGCUAUCAUUAAAUCGAACUUUAAGCACCGGGUUUAUUUCUGUAUUUUGGUUUCCAUUUCCUAGUAUUACAGGAUUUACUGAGAAAUUUAUCACUGAUUUAUCCCCUCCAUUCACAACUUCGGU